AUGAGGUCUUCUGUCGUGAAUCUCGACACAAUAGAAUUUUUUUCCAGAUUUCUAAAGGAUUUCCCGCAAGGCCAAACACAGUAUUGCGAACGAUUCUCGUCCGAUCCAGCUCGAUGGAAUCUCUAUCCAAAUCUGAACUAUGCCGGAUUAUUCUAUGCCAUAGGCAACCUACUCGAGGUGUUCCCCCUGAUUACUACCGGACAAACAGCUAUUGGAGAGGCAGUACUGGACACCUUGAAGGCAUUGAUGAUGUUUCUCGAUCGAGAUACCCUCGAGCAGUUGCCUCUACUUCUCGCUAGUAACAUCGGAGUCUUACCUAAUGAACUUGAUAAGCAGAUCGUUCAUCUACUGGCCGACACAGUGCUGCCAUUCGCGAUAAAUGAAGAAACAUUCAUCAAAUUGUCAGUACCAGGUGUCCUGAUGCUGGUACUACAACAAGCCCAUGAUCCAAGCCUUCAUACAUGGAUCAUGGAAGGCACAAUGAAUUGCAGCCCAAAUAUUUAUGAGGACUUGGUGCAGGUUAUCGCCAGAGGUACAUCGGAAUCCAGAGUUGCGGCUGCAAAUCUCCUACUACAUUACUGGCCCUUCCCAAAUCCUCACAUAAUACACAGGAAAAUCAUCCAGUACAAAGUCCAUGCUUGGCAAAGAAUACCUUGUCAAUCAACAACUUGUGCGGAUAAGGGACCUAGCGUGAAGUCCUGUUACGACCCUGUGAUAUGCGCCGACGUCGCCGACACUUCGCCACCGGUGUUUCUGUGUCGCAGAUGUGCUGAAAAUGUGAUCGCUGAACGUAAGGCGCCGAUGAGGAUUUUGACGCAACCAAUGCAGGCAAGCAGUGCCACAUGCCAGAACAAGGUGAGCUGA